UACAACCCGCAAAAGAAUGGCGCAGGGAAAGCUGAAGGUUAAAUCGAAGGCUCCGCCGCAGCAAAAGAAAAAUGCUGGCCAGAAAAAGGGUACAGCGUUCAGCAAACGAAAAAAUGCUCCGAUUCAGUCGAAGAAACACAAGUUCCUGGAGGACCACAAACUGAAGCAGGCCAUCACGCGCACGGUGAACAAGAAAAACGAGGAGGAUCUACGAAAAGUCGCGUACGAGGGGCAAACGAAACUGAGUGCGGCACAAAUUGCGGUUCAGGAGCACCACCGCAAACAGGCACAGAAUGGGGCAGCGUCAUCCGAGGCGGGUUCAUCGAAGAGCUAGUUUUCCAUUUUGGGAUACGAUUGUACAGAAUCAAUGGGCAAAGGGUUAAUAAAAUUGAACUAUUUUAUUGAGCAGCAAAA